AUGGGUGGCCUAUCAGUGCUGGCCAUGCCAAGAGCAAUUUUGGGGUUUUUGCGUAUUACACGCUGGCAUCCUCUAACCACGCUUCUGGUUAAGGCCAACUUCGAUGCUGCAUAUAGAUGGAGGUCACAUUCUUCUUGCUCGGGGGUGGUGGUACGAGAUGUCCAGGGCCAAGUGCUUGGUGCUUGUACUAGGAUCCAUGGCCAGGUCUCGUUGGCUUUUAGUGUGGAAGCGUUGGCUGUCUUUUUAGUGUUGGAAUUCACUUGGGACCUUGGUCUAUCUCGGGUUGUGUUCGAAGGGGACUCUCUACAUGUGAUUCGCAAACUCAAUAGCACACAAGUUGGCGGAUCAGAGAUCCGGGCACUGAUUAAAGAAGGGAGGGUCGAGGAGGUUUUGUUUCAGGUAGAAAGCACAAUGGCUGCAGACGAGGGGUCGAAUGCUCAUCUGCCUUAA